AUGGCAUCCCGGUUCGUGUCCGGUGGCACAAUCGUAGGCUCUGAUACCUCGACUCCUCCCUCACAUCCCACGCCCACCGACACGACAGCUGCUGCUGCCGCCAAAUCACAAACCGCCGACCCCAAGUCUUCGGCCUGGGCGACCGCCCAAGCCCAACUAGAAGCGGAACGACGGGCGCGCGAAGCGGCGCGGAAAACUGCCAUCGAGUCGGGCGGCAGUGGACAGGGCCAAUCGCUGUACGAGGUACUACAAGCCAACAAGGAGGCGAAACAAGCCGCUUUUGAGGAGGCGAAUAAGAUCAAGAACCAAUUCAGGGCCCUGGAUGAUGACGAGGUAGAUUUUCUGGAAGGAAUCGUUGCCGAUGAACGCCGAGAAGAGGAGGAGCGGCGCCGCGAGGUCGAGAGGAGCCUGCGGGAGUUCAGGGACGCACAGAAGAAGGGCACCGCAACCGCAGAGGCCGAGGUAGACGAACCUUUGGAUCGGGUCGUUGCCGACGGGGCGGACGAGUGGAGUACGGCGGGCGCGAAGAAGCGCAAGAGAGAAAAGGAGCACGUGAUUAAGGGCAUCAAGAGAAGGGCAAGCGAGGCUGCAAGAGAGCAAGUAAAGACAGAGUCUCGAGAGCCGCCCGAUGUUAAUGUCACAGAGCGGGCCAAGCCCGCCGCCACGGUGAAGAGCACUACGCCCAACAAGGAGAUGGCACCAAAGCCGAAAAUGGGCUUGGUGGACUACGGGUCUGAUGAUGACGAUGAUGAUGAUUGA